GCCACAGUCAUUUUUGGUGCAUGCGCAGCUGUUUUUCUGCUUUCAGUGUUCAAUACUGUAUUUGUCGAUGUUGCGUAUUGUGCUGGCUUAGUGUUUCGUGCAAAGCUUUCAAUACACGGUGUGCUUGUUAUAUUUCUAUCAACAGUAUUAACUUACAUCAAGGUCAGUGGACAAGUAUGCAAAAUCUUCACAAAGCCAUUUUAUGUAAUUCAAGUAUAGCUUUAUGAAGUAAACUUUGUGCAAUCCAACAUCAAAACUCAGAACAAAUUGGACGUCGACUGAAUAAAUAAUACUUCCAAGUAAAACUGGAUUAUCGAUUUUAGAUCCAUACAUAUACAUUAAACAGUAAAAAGAGAAACAAAAUCUUCGCAAUGGCAAUGAUAAUGAAAGCUGCAAAGUGCCCCACCGAUGAAUUGUCGCUCAAGAAUAGAGCCAUCGUUAGCGCAGGCGAUUUCCCUUCGGAUAUCAAGUAUAUCGACGUAUCGACUGCGCCAGGUCAACAUUUCAUAUUUUACAUCGAACGUACAGCUGCUGGAGAAAUAAAUCCUGGAACCAUAGGAUUUUCACUACUUCAGCGAAAAUGGGCAACACUUUCGAUUAACCAAGACAUUAGCGUUAAACCAUAUCACUUUGAACGAUCCUCCGAGGUGCUUUGCAGUAUUGCUUUAGAAGUGGAUUUUUUGCAGAAAAAAACUGUAACGCAUGAGCCGUACGACAGUGAUCAAAUGGCAAGAGACUUUUUAUUACAAUUUGCAGGUUUAGCAGUGACCGUUGGACAGCCGCUGGUAUUUAAUUUUCAGGAUAAAAAGCUUCUCUGCUUGGCGGUGAAAACACUUGAAGUUAUAGAUGCCGCAGCCAUGGCUAGUGGUGUAUCAACUUCAAGCAAUGGAUCUGGUGGUGGUUCCGUAGAACCUAAACGCGUCAAUUUUGGCAGAUUGUUAGCCAACACGGUUGUAACGUUUGAAAAAGCAGAAGGAUCUGGAUUAAAUUUGGUAGGACGUUCGAAGGGGCGUGUUACCGCUGUUAGACAGUCUAUCAUUAAUCCUGAUUGGGAUUUUGGAAGAAUGGGUAUUGGAGGUUUGGAUCGUGAAUUCAAUGCUAUCUUUCGACGUGCAUUUGCAUCUCGUGUUUUUCCACCGGAGGUCGUUGAGCAACUGGGAUGCAAACAUGUAAAAGGUAUUCUGCUUUAUGGGCCUCCUGGUACCGGUAAAACUCUUAUGGCUCGACAGAUUGGCACAAUGUUGAACGCUCGUGAACCAAAGAUAGUAAAUGGUCCACAAAUUUUAGACAAAUAUGUUGGUGAAUCAGAGGCUAAUGUGCGUAGGUUAUUUGCGGAUGCGGAAGAGGAAGAAAAAAGGCUCGGACCAGCAAGCGGUUUACACAUAAUCAUUUUUGAUGAGAUCGAUGCGAUUUGCAAAGCUCGUGGUACUGUUGGAGGCAAUUCCGGUGUACAUGAUACUGUUGUCAAUCAGCUAUUGGCAAAAAUUGACGGAGUUGAACAGUUAAAUAACAUUCUAGUCAUCGGAAUGACUAACCGAAGAGAUAUGAUAGACGAAGCUCUAUUACGGCCUGGUCGGUUGGAAGUACAAAUGGAAAUAAGCCUUCCUAAUGAAGAAGGGCGCGUGCAGAUUUUGUCCAUCCAUACUCGACGCAUGAAAGAAUUCAAGAAACUAGCACCCGACGUCGACUUACGGGAGCUCGGCGUAAAGACUAAAAAUUUUAGUGGAGCCGAACUGGAAGGAUUGGUUCGUGCUGCACAAUCCACCGCAAUGAAUCGCUUAAUAAAAGCUGCUUCAAAAGUAGAAGUAGAUCCUGCAGCUAUGGAGAAACUGAUGGUAACUAGAGAAGACUUUCUGCAUGCGUUCGAAAAUGACAUCAAACCGGCUUUCGGUACUGCAGCAGAAGCCCUCGAAAAUUACUUAACACGAGGAAUUAUCAAUUGGGGCUUACCGGUUGCCCAUAUUCUUGAAGAUGGUGCUCUAUACACCGAACAAGCUCGAGGUGCAGAAGGAUCCGGAUUGGUUUCGGUGCUUUUAGAAGGCCCACCAAAUGCUGGGAAAACUGCGCUUGCAGCGAAGCUGGCGAAAUUAUCCGACUUCCCAUUCGUAAAAGUUUGCAGUCCUGAUGAAAUGGUUGGCUUUACAGAGAGUGCCAAAUGUUUACAAAUACGCAAGUAUUUUGACGACGCAUAUCGUUCUACGUUCAGCUGUAUCCUCGUUGAUAAUAUCGAGAGAUUGCUGGAUUAUGGUCCGAUUGGUCCUCGGUAUUCGAAUCUUACGCUGCAGGCACUUUUAGUAUUGUUAAAAAAACCACCACCAAAAGGAAAAAAACUUCUUAUCCUCUGUACUACCAGCCGACGACAAGUAUUAGAAGACAUGGAAAUGCUGUCAGCUUUUACUGCUGUUCUGCAUGUACCGAAUCUAUCGACUGCAGAUCAUUUGAUAGCUGUCCUCGAACAGGAACCUGAUGUGUUUGGACGCAAUGAAUUAGCUGCUAUUUACAAACGCUUGAAAGGACGACGUAUUUUUGUUGGUAUUAAAAAAUUAUUGGAUUUAAUCGAUUUAGCGCGGCAAAUGGAUCCCCAAACACGUAUGAUGAAAUUUUUAUCAAAACUUGAAGAAGAAGGGGCAAUAGAAGAUGCUACUGUGGCACAUUGAAAAGUAAUUUAAGCAUUUAAAUGUAUUUUCCAUGCUUAUUGCACCGCAAAGCAUUACAGAUAGCCUUUAGUUUGCCUUCGAGCAAUGUUACAAGCAAAUUUAUUCUUAUCAAAAAAGGAAAGUUUAAAAAAUAUUUAAAAAUAAAAUAAUACCAUAAUGUACAUUCAUCUUUACAUCGAACGAUUAAUUUUACCAAUAUUUAUUACUAGAAUAUUUUUUGUUUCCUUAGCGGCUCUGAACUCAACAACUGUAACGCUUACAGUAACAAAUCAGGAACAAAAGGCAAAUUAGAAAUGUUUAUGAGAUAUGAGUGUGUUCUUUGCAUUUUAUAAACUUACAAAACACCGUUACAAUUAGUUUAAAUAUGUUGCAAGGUUGCAAGGAAAAUGUAACAAGUGUUAAAUUGAUCAUACCAGUUCAGACAUAUUUGAAUGAACAGGAAUUGUUGUUGCAUAUUAAAUGGCCGCGAUCUUUCUCGCUAUUCCAAUUUAAAACGGAUAUUCUCAUAAACUAUGCUAUCUGUGUGCAAGAUGUAAAAUAACCAGUACUCUAAAUGCUUAGUACAUCUGUAACUUGAGUUAUCCGUAGCCGUGAAUCCCUACAAAUAGAGACCGCUUUCUAGUUUAGAUUUGACUCGCAACUGACAUGUUGUUUACCUAUGCGUUUUCGAAUAUACAAUGGGACGAGCCAUACUGCAGAGUACAUAAAACAAAAUAUAAUAUUACAAGCAAAAGUAGGAUUAAAAAAUAUAAAAAAGAACACAUAAUACUAAAGUGAGGAGUAAUCGUUAACUGAACAAGUACAUUAAAGUUAAUCGUUCUGUCAUAAUUAUUAAUGUGUAUUUUAUCCACCACCUGUAGCAGCAACGAAAUAUGCGAUCGUAUCCUAACCAUUCUUAGUGUUAAUGUCUUAAAUGUUUUUUUUAUUUCCCAAAAUAUUUUUGUUGUAUAUUUCGUUUAAAUCAUAAAAUUGCUGCACCACAUAUUUUUGAAGGUUAACGCGUAAAUGGAAAAGUCAAAAAGCAAUAAAUAUUUUUUUGAUUUCCUCAUAUGUAAUGCUGCUACAACAUUCAAGUGAUAAAGGAUCUAUAACCAACAAACAACAUGAAAAAUCGUGCAAUUUUAAAAAUACUAGACAAAAACAAAACAUUUCUUGUAACUGUACACUUGCUUAUUAUGUCAUUGUAACUUUCGUGAUCCCUAACGUUUUUUAUAUAGUUUACUGGUUUCUCAAAUUAGUGGAUUGUUCAUUGAUAUUUUUUCUUUGUAUAGAAAGGCCACGUUGUAUUGCUUACAACUAGUAGAAACUUAAACUAGGAUACAUUUUUUUUAUUUUUUAAUCAAUCCAAUAAUACAUUUGACGAAAUUGUGACAGUAGAACAACGCUUUGUUUUGAAAUUAAUUCAGAUUAUAAAAAGCGAAUAUCCUUUAAUUUAUUUUGUAAUACUUUUUACUGUAAUAUUCCGUAGUGAUAUUUAGCAUUGUAUCAAUUAUAAGGUCUUAGUGCUUUUGACUUAUCUUGCACGAUAUGGUUGAAUAGUAGAAAAUUAUUAAAAAUGAUACAAUGGUAGCCAUAAAUAUCAAAGAGUGAAAUAUGUUAGUAUAUAAAUAACUAAAGGAAAAAUUUCAUUUAUUAAAGCAAAACAAUAUUCCAUAUUUACUAGCGACAUAAAUGCUAAUGUCAGUUCAAGGUCUAUGUGCAAAAUACAAAGUUAACCAAUAAAGUUAUACAGUUGAAUGAUCA